AUGAAAUUUCUCAAGGACCUUCUCUCACCUGAGCCUGCAUCACCCGAGCCUGCAUCACCCGAGCCUGCGUCACCCGAGCCUGCGUCACCCAAUCCUGUGUCAACCGAGGCUGCGACACCCGAGCCUGCCUCACCCAAGCCUCCCUCACACGGGCCUGGCUCGCACGACACCUUCUUACCCAAGGCGGAAACCAAAAUCUCUGCAGAUUCGGCAGAAACCCCGCCGCUCCAAUCCCCAUCCACCAGUCUUCCAUCCGCCGCUCCAAUCCCCAUGCGUGGCAAGCUGAGAAAGCAGUCUUCCAUCCAGGCGCCUCAGAGGCACCAGAAGAAGCAGCCUUCCAUCCAGGCGCUUGCGCCUCAAGGUGAUUGUGAGCGCGGCGGUGGAGGGGAGGAAGGGGAGAUGAGAGGUGGGAGGAGAGGGGAGAGGAGGGGUGAGAGGAGAAGCGAGAGGAGGGGAAGGAGAGGUGAGGGACUGGGAGGGAGGGGCGUUGGGGAUGGAGAAAUUGGUGGGGUGAUGGAGUGUAGAGGUGGGGAUGAGGAGGGAGAUGAGGGGCGUGAUGGGGAGGGAGAUGAGGGGCGUGAUGGGGAGGGAGAUGAGGGGCGUGAUGGGGAGGGAGAUGAGGGGCGUGAUGGGGAGGUCGCAGUGGAGGUGAUGGGUGCAUUUUAUGAUGACUUGAGUGAUGAAGGCUGGGUCAGCGAAGCUGCUUGUAACGAGGACAGCAGCAGUGAUUACAGUGGAGGUGCUGUGAAUGGGAUCAGUGAGGAGGGCGAGGGAGGCAGCGAGGACAGCGCUUUUGAACUUGGAAAGCUGGGCAAGCGCAGGAGAGCAAGAGCUACACACAGAAAUUCCGUUACAAGCAAGAAGAGACGGCAGAUGAAAGCCACCAAGAGGAAUAAGAGAGACGGCUCGAUACCGAGAGCACCAGCCCCCGGGAGUGAUAUCUCGGGUGGUAAUUCCCCUGGGGGUAAUAUCCCUGGGGGUAAUUCCCCUGGGAAUGAUAGCCCUGGGGGCGCAUUCACACAGUCGGUGGCACGGCAUUGCAGUCGCACGGAUGGCAAGGGGUGGGUGUGUAUGAGGAUUCCGAGGCUCGGAUUCUCCCUGUGCGAUCACCACAUUGGGAAAGCGGCAAAGCUGGUGGCAAAAAAACGGGAAGAGAAGCUGGUUGCAGCUGCUGGGGACAUUGAGGAAGGGGAGGAGGACGGGGAAGGGUGUGAUGGUGGAAAGAAGGCGUACGCAAAGGGUCUUUGGUGCAACCGACAAGCACAGGGAAGGGAUAGAGAGGGGGUGAGGGAGGGAGAGAGGGGAGGAGCCGGGGCUUAA